CCUCUCUCACACAAGGCCAAGGAGACCUUAAGAUCUCUCACCACCUCUUUUAAGUCUUUUGUACUCUAGGGAGACUAGUAAGCUUCCUCUAUAUAUACUACUUACCAUUGUAGUUUUGGUACAUAAGAGCUAGCAAAGGCCAAGGGAUUUUUCUUCUAUAGAGGAGAAACACUAACCAUUUCUUCUUGAUUUCUUCUUUUGCUACCUCUCUCUCUCUCUCUCUCUCUCUCUCUGAGCUCUUCCUCUAACCAUUUCUUCUUGAAAUUCAAAAGAGGGGGAGAAGAUGUUCGGCUUAUCCACGUCCAACCAUUCGGCUUUCAUCUUUGGUGUUCUAGGUAACCUGAUCUCAUUCAUGGUCUACCUUGCACCGGUGCCAACAUUUUGGAGAGUAUACAAAAGAAAAUCAACUGAAGGAUUUCAAUCAUUCCCCUACAUCGUUGCGCUCUUCAGCGCAAUGCUCUGGAUAUACUAUGCCCUUCUUAAGACUGAAGCCGAGUUCCUCCUCACCAUCAAUGGACUUGGAUGCAUAAUAGAGAGCACAUACAUCAUUAUGUACCUCAUUUAUGCACCAAGACAGGCUAAGGUUUAUACCGCAAAAUUGCUUUUCUUGUUGAACGUUGGGAUGUUCGGAUUGAUUGUGUUAGUGAGCCUUGUCUUUGCGAACGGAGGUGACAGAGUGACGAUCCUUGGAUGGAUUUGUGUAGGGUUUUCAGUAUGUGUAUUCGUUGCGCCGUUGAGCAUCAUUAGGCUUGUCAUCAAAACAAGGAGCGUGGAGUUCAUGCCCUUCUCCUUAUCGUUGUUCCUGACUUUUAGUGCGGUGGCCUGGUUCUUCUAUGGCUUCCUCUCUCAUGAUAAGUACAUUGCGAUCCCCAAUAUACUCGGUUUUCUCUUUGGAUUGAUCCAAAUGGUGCUCUACGCUGUGUACAUGAACACGAACGCGAACACCACGAAAUGUGUGGAUGUAGAAGAGGUUGACAUGCCCGAACACAUCGUAACGAUAUCGAAGCUAGGGAUAGUAGGGCAAGGAGCGGAGGUGUACCCUAUCGAUGCAAAUAAGGAGAAAGAGGAGAAAGAAGGAGGAGGAGGAGAAGAAGGAAAAGGCAAGAAAUGUGAACUAACUACUAUCGAUGUCAAUAACAAGGAAAGCAUGGGAAUCCAUCAUGAGGAGGCCGAAGUCUAGAGGUUUCGACAUGCACACAUCGUGACAACGGGAGAAGCGGAAGAAGAAGAGAGAGUUAUUGAGCUUCUAUAUUGAUCACCAGCAUCAUUCUCAUGACAGAUCAUCGUUCUCAAUUUGUCGUGUUUAUUACGAAUUAAGGAGCAAGAUAUUAUGAAUAAUUUUCUAUAUAAUUAUAAAAAAAAUGUAAGUGUGAUAGAGCUAUAGAGGGAGAGCAACUUAACGUUGGUGCUUGGUGCGGUUCCUUUUGCAUGAAUAAAGUUGGAAAAACAAUGUCACAAACAUUACUGUAUGAGAUCCGUUAUGAAUGAAAACUUUUCGGAGUUUUGUGUAAAAA